UUUGUUAUCUUGUCUUGACUGUCGACUGAUUUCGCGCAUGCGCACGUCCGGUCAUGUUGACGAAUGCUAAAACAGGAGUCAACAUGUCCACCGCUGCUGCUCAACAAAACAAUAACCAAGAACCAGGACUUCAUGGCUCUUGGGUGGAGUUGGAGUUGAAUGGAAACACAGGAGCUCAGGGUGUGGACACCAGAUCGCAAACAUCAGCCGCUGCAGACCAAAUAAAUGCAAAUGCUGGCAUGAGUCAAACUUUACAAGUGGUUCCUGAAAUAGAUGAAACCCUAAUCGGAGGACUAGAACAUGUGCCGUCAUCCUCGUCCAUUCACAAUGGAGACAUGGAGAAGAUCCUGUUGGAUGCACAGCAUGAGUCCAGCCCGAGUAAUUCUUCGUGUGACAGUCCCCACAGGCCACAAAGUCCAGACCAAGAUGAGGGUCAGAUCACUUUUGACGUGGACAUGUCCAGUCCAAGAGUCAGUCAGUCAGAAGAAGAAGAAGGCGCAGACAGAGAGGAUGAUAUACUCAUGAACAAAGAAGUAGAUUGGGUUGCCGAUUGGUCCAGCAGGCCAGAAAACAUUCCACCCAAGGAAUUCCACUUCAGGCACCCCCGGCGUGCGGUGUCCCUCAGUAUGAGAAAGAGUGGAGUCAUGAAGAAAGGUGGCGUAUUCUCUGCUGAGUUCCUCAAAGUUUUCAUCCCGUCACUUUUCAUUUCACACAUCCUCGCUCUUGGAAUCGGGGUGUACAUUGGUAAAAGAAUCGCCACAGCCUCCGCCAGCUCUUACUGAGUAGAAAAACAGUGCCUGGAUGUCCUCCUGUCUUUCAAGCAAGCUGUUAUCACUUGUUUCUCUGCAGUCAUCGUGCACCAACAUUUGCCCUCCCAAUCCAUGUUGAUUGUGUCACAUUGUAAGUGUAUACACACGUUGUAAUGUGGUUAUUCCUUCUCAAAAUGACCCAAAGUGCCCCAAUGAACUGGGAUCCACUCCAUAACAAACCCUGAUUCAGUUGGAUAAAAUUCAGUCUGUGAUCUAGUACAAAUACAAAUGUUAUAAGGGUUUGGCAUCAGUGGGCUUUGGUUUGAAAUGGGUUUCUGAAAUGUCACUCAUUUUUUUUUCUGUUGUUUUGUCACCAGACAGUCUGGUCUUCUAGAAUUUAGAUAAUUCACUGUACUACCCUACUUUUACUAGCCAGUGUCUAUGAACCAAAAAUAUGCGCCAUAUCUAAAAUAUGAAAAGUACAGGUGACUGAAGGAACUUGUAACGCCUUAACUUUUUAAGCAGAACUUUAGAGGUACCGUUGUCGAAGUAAGCUAAUAUUGCUGCGCACGUGUUUUUUAAAAUAGAAGCUUGAUCAUUUUAACCUUAACUGGUUUUCUUUUUGAAGUUUAAAAUCUUAAAACUCGAUCUUAACUUGUAGCCAGCAAUUUUUUUUGCAUUUUGUGGUAUUUAACUAUGUUAUGAUAGUGGAACUUGAGCUAGGCGGCAGUGUACGUGACCUAUGCUGCUUUUUAUUUUAUUUUAUUUUUUGCCUUGAUAUAUUGCUUUUUAAUGCAUAUUACAGCAACAAUGACAAAGUGUCAAAUUAAUGCAACUGCACAUUUGUAUUGUUUUGAAGUUCCCUGAUAUGUUUUGCUAUUUAAAAGCAGAUGUGAAGAUACUUAAAGCUGUGAUCUGCGCCCAUUCGUAGAAAGUCCUGAUAUUGCAUCAACAAAACAUCAUAUUAAUGCACAAUAUACCUGCCUAUAUAAUGUCAAUGGUGUGUUUUUAACCGUCAUCUUCUUCACCGUUUGAGGCAGAACUCACCAUGGAAAAUACUGUUUCUAGAAUUGUUUUCAUCUAGAUGUCACUGUCUAUAAUCAUUUCCAUUGUGAUUUAAUAGGUAGGCCUAUAAUGCGUGUAAACUUACAACAAACAAAAGUAAGUAGACAAGCAUUUACUAAUUUAAGUGCAUGUAAUUUCUGUAUAUUGUUGUUGAUAAUGAUACUGAAGAUUAAUGACUGGAUUAAUGUCAGUAUUUUAAAAUUGAUGACACUGUGGUGUAAUGUGAAACCCAAACCUAUUAUUCUAGCUGCUGUGGUAGAUUAAGGUUUUAAAACAAUCAGUGUCAAUACGUCACAAACAUACUAACUCCUUCUGUUCAAUAUCACUAUGGGUUUGUGUACAGUUAGUGAGAAAGUGGCUAGCAAUAUAACAUGAGGUUCCAUAAUGGAAUUGUAAUCUUAAACAUGUCUCUGAUCAUUGACAUACAUCUGCACAGCUAGUAAACAAGUAAUUGAAGACAAUGGAAACUGAACUGACUUUGUACUGAAUAAAGCAGAAAACUGGUCA